UCGCGGACUUCCAAUGGAUGCCCCUUCCCCCGACCGUUCGAUUGUCGAAACCGCAUUGCAAUGUGCUCAUGACACAAUUGCGGGAUUACUUGCACAGUGCAGUACCAGCUCCGUUGAUGGACGCCGGAGUAGAUGUUGUAGACCUUCAUGACCACGUUGCGAAGAUCGACCGCGAGUUCAAGACACAACGGUAUGACGACAUCGACGUGCCAUUGUUGUACAUACACAUUCAGAUCAGAGAGGCGACCUGCAACGCUUUAAUCGAUUGCGGAGCUACUCGCAACUAUAUGAGCCAAGACUUCAUGGUACGCGCUGGCCUGGGGCCACGCGUUCGGAGGAAGUCGCAGCCCACGCAAGUCACGUUGGUCUAUGGUCAAACGCAGAAGUCAAUCGACCGGUGCAUUCAUUCCGUCCCCGUGUACUUCGCCUCGCAUGCAAGUGAGGCCAUGUCCUUCGACAUUUUGGACACCCAGUUCGACAUGAUUUUGGGCAUGUCAUGGCUGCGAAGCGAGGAUCACCCGGUGAACUUCUACCGCCGUAUCGUUCACGUUCGUGAUCGGAACGGAGUACUAGUCCCAUGCACGGUGCCUUCACCUCACCCUUCGAUCAGCUGUCACGUGGUGUCUGCCGCAAGCAUUCGAGCUUCCAUCACCAGGGACGACAUCGAGGAGAUGGGUGUGUGUUUUCUCCACGCCCUCCCUCCCCAUGACAGCCCAUCGACAGACCCAUCAAUGAAUCCACGCAUCACCGAGCUUCUCGACACCUACGGCGACGUGUUCGAAGCCCCACACAGAGUAGUACCGGAUCGGCCCAUCCGCCACGAGAUCAUCCUCGAGGCCGGGGCCGCACCUCCACGUGGUUGCAUCUACCGCAUGAGCGAGUUAAGUGUGCUAAGGGCACAAUUCGACGACCUUCUUGAGAAAGGCUGGAUUCGGCCUAGCUCCUCGCCAUACGGUGCUCCCAUUCUCUUCGUCCGGAAGAAGACAAAGCACUUGCCGUUGUGCAUCGAUUAUCGCAAGCUCAACGCACAAACCGUCAAGAACGCUGGCCCUCUUCCGUGCAUCGACGACCAUCUCGAACGGCUCGGCGACCCUAAGUUCUUCUCCAAGCUUGACCUCAAAUCGGGAUAUCACCAACUCAAGAUCCGGCAGGAGGACCACUACCAGACCGCGUUUAAGACGCGAUAUGGGCAUUUCGAAUGGCUGGUUAUGCCUUUUGGCCUUACGAAUGCCCCGGCCACGUUCCAAGCGGCUAUGACAACGGAGUUCCGACACAUGCUGAUAGAUUUGUACUUGUCUACCUCGACGAUAUCUUGGUGUACAGCCGAAGUUUGGACGAGCAUGUGGAGCCAAGUUUUAGGGUAGGUCGACUUUAUGAGGGCCUGAAAAUGACCCUCUUUUUCAUGCUUUUAGGCU